CAGGUGUCAGCUGUGCCACAAAGUUCCAGCAGUCAUGGUCCAGCUCUAGCCGCUGUUCAUAGCGGGCAUCACCACACCACACCAGUCCAGCCUCAUGGAAGCCAGGUGGUACAGAGUCACACUCACCCAACCCCUCCUGCGGCACCAGUGCAGGGGCAACAGCAGUUCCAGAGACUGAAGGUGGAAGAUGCGCUCUCCUACCUUGACCAAGUGAAGUUGCAGUUUGGUAGCCAGCCUCAAGUUUACAAUGACUUCUUGGACAUAAUGAAGGAGUUCAAAUCUCAAAGUAUUGACACUCCGGGAGUGAUCAGCCGUGUGUCCCAGCUCUUCAAAGGCCACCCUGAUUUGAUCAUGGGUUUCAACACUUUCUUGCCCCCUGGCUACAAAAUUGAAGUGCAGACUAACGACAUGGUGAAUGUAACAACGCCGGGGCAGGUUCAUCAGAUCCCAGCUCAUGGCCUCCAACCUCAGCCACAACCCCAGCCACAGCAUCCGUCUCAGCCAUCGGCACAGUCUGCUCCCACUCCAGCCCAGCCAGCACCACAACCACCACCUGCCAAGAUCAGCAAGCCUUCCCAGCUGCAGGCACAUACACCAACCAGCCAACAGACUCCUCCAAUCCCUUACGCAUCUCCUCGUUCUCCACCUGUGCAGCCCCAUACGCCUGUGACAAUCUCACUUGGAACCACGCCGUCCCUCCAGAAUAAUCAGCCAGUUGAGUUUAAUCAUGCCAUCAACUAUGUUAACAAAAUCAAGAAUCGUUUCCAGGGGCAGCCAGAUAUUUACAAGGCUUUCUUGGAGAUCCUUCACACCUAUCAGAAAGAGCAGCGAAAUGCCAAGGAAGCAGGAGGUAACUACACACCAGCAUUGACUGAGCAGGAAGUCUAUGCCCAGGUGGCUCGUCUCUUCAAGAACCAGGAAGAUCUGCUCUCAGAAUUUGGACAGUUCCUGCCCGAUGCAAAUAGCUCUGUUCUGUUGAGCAAGACAACUGCAGAAAAGGUGGAAUCUGUGAGAAAUGACCACGGGGGCACAGUCAAAAAGCCGCAGCUGAACAGCAAGCAGCAAAGACCUAAUCAAAAUGGCUGUCAGAUCCGGCGGCAUGCCACAGCUGGGACAACUCCUCCAGUGAAGAAGAAACCAAAGCUCCUUAACUUGAAAGACCCAUCAAUGGUGGAAGCUGGUAAACAUGGGACAGAGUCCCUGUUUUUUGACAAGGUCCGUAAGGCUCUGCGUAGCACAGAAGCAUAUGAGAAUUUUCUCCGCUGUCUGGUCAUUUUUAAUCAGGAAGUGAUAUCCCGACCUGAACUUGUUCAGCUAGUUUCUCCAUUUUUGGGAAAAUUCCCAGAGUUGUUCACUUGGUUUAAAAACUUCCUGGGCUACAAAGAGUCUGCACACUUGGAGACAUAUCCUAAGGAACGGGCUACAGAGGGGAUAGCAAUGGAGAUAGACUAUGCUUCUUGUAAGAGGCUGGGCUCCAGCUACCGAGCCUUGCCAAAGAGUUACCAACAGCCCAAAUGCACAGGUCGGACUCCAUUGUGUAAGGAGGUGCUGAAUGACACCUGGGUUUCUUUUCCAUCAUGGUCUGAAGAUUCUACAUUUGUGAGCUCCAAAAAGACUCAGUAUGAAGAGCAUAUUUACCGGUGUGAAGAUGAACGAUUUGAGCUGGAUGUUGUCUUGGAGACCAAUCUAGCCACUAUCAGAGUCUUAGAGACAAUACAAAAGAAGCUCUCUCGCUUAUCGGCUGAAGAGCAAGCCAAAUUCCGUCUGGACAACACCUUAGGUGGCUCCUCAGAAGUCAUCCACCGCAAGGCUUUGCAGAGGAUAUAUGCUGACAAAGCCGCUGACAUUAUUGAUGGGCUUCGGAAGAACCCAGCUGUUGCAGUCCCGAUUGUGUUGAAAAGGUUAAAAAUGAAAGAAGAAGAAUGGAGAGAAGCCCAGAGAGGAUUUAACAAAGUGUGGCGGGAACAGAAUGAAAAAUAUUACUUGAAGUCCCUUGAUCACCAGGGAAUCAACUUCAAGCAGAAUGACACCAAGGUCUUAAGAUCAAAAAGCCUUCUCAGUGAGAUUGAGACUAUUUAUGAUGAGAGGCAAGAACAGACCUCUGAUGAUAAUGCUGGCCCUCACCUGUCACUGGCGUAUGAAGAUAAGCAGAUCCUAGAUGACGCUGCUUCUCUCAUCAUCCACCAUGUGAAGCGGCAGACCGGCAUCCAGAAAGAGGACAAGUACAAAAUCAAGCAAAUCAUGUAUCAUUUCAUCCCAGACCUGCUGUUUGCUCAGCGGGGGGAGCUGUCGGACGUGGAGGAGGAGGAAGAGGAGGAGAUGGAUGUGGACGAAGGCUCAGGGGCUGUGAAAAAGCACAACGGUGUUGGGGGCAGCCCCCCUAAAGCCAAGCUGAUGUUCAGCAAUACAGCAGCCCAAAAGCUGCGCAACAUGGACGAAGUCUACAAUCUGUUCUAUGUCAACAACAACUGGUACAUCUUCCUCCGCCUGCACCAGAUCCUGUGUUUGCGGUUGCUGCGAAUAUAUACCCAGGCUGAGCGGCAGAUAGAAGAGGAGAACCGGGAAAGGGAAUGGGAGCGAGAAGUGCUGGGUGUGAAGCGAGACAAAAGCGACAGCCCUGCCAUCCAGUUGCGAUUGAAGGACCCCAUGGACAUUGAUGUGGAAGACUAUUAUCCCGCCUUCUUAGACAUGGUGCGGAAUUUGCUGGAUGGUAACAUGGAUUCUUCCCAAUAUGAGGAUUCCCUUCGGGAGAUGUUUACCAUUCAUGCCUACAUUGCCUUUACUAUGGACAAGCUAAUUCAGAGUAUUGUCAGACAGCUUCAGCACAUAGUGAGCGAUGAAAUCUGCGUGCAGGUGACAGAACAAUACCUGUCCGAGAGUAACAACGGAGCCACUGGAGGCCUGUUGUCCUCCCAGUCAUCUCGGUCCCUUGUGGAAACAGCAUACCAGCGCAAAGCUGAGCAACUCAUGCAAGAUGAAAACUGCUUUAAGUUGAUGUUUGUUCAGAGCAGAGGCCACGUCCAAUUAACUAUUGAACUUCUUGACACUGAAGAAGAAAACUCCGACGACCCUGUUGAGGCAGAGCGCUGGACUGACUAUGUGGAUCGGUAUGUCAACUCCGAUUCUACCUCUCCUGAACUGCGGGAGCAGCUGGCCCAAAAGCCGGUAUUUUUGCCAAGCACGAGCAGUGUGAUGGAUUUUGAAGAGCAGGCCCCACGAGCCACAUCAUCCGGCCCGAUGAGGGAGGCAGGUGCUAAUUCCAGCAGGGGCUCUCUGCUUUACAGGAACCUGCGGCGGAUCCGCAAGUGCCAGCGUGGUCGGGAGCAGCAGGAGAAGGAUGGGAAGGAGGGGAUGAGUAAGAAACCCUUGGAGAACGUGGAGAGCUUGGACAAGCUGGAGUGCAAAUUCAAGCUGAACUCCUAUAAGAUGGUGUAUGUGAUCAAAUCGGAGGAUUACAUGUACAGGAGGACUGCUCUGCUGCGUGCCCAUCAGUCCCAUGAAAGAGUGAGCAAGAGGCUGCACCAGCGGUUCCAGGCUUGGGUGGACAGGUGGACCAAGGAGCAUGUGACCCGUGAAAUGGCAGCCGAGACAAACAAAUGGCUAAUGGGCGAAGGUUUGGAGGGCUUGGUGCCUUGCACCACUACCUGCGACAGGGAGGACCUGCACUUUGUGAGCAUUAAUAAGUACCGUGUCAAAUAUGGCACAAUAUUCAAGACUCCCUGAUCUCUCGGUAGGGAGAGAGAAUCGCUAAGAGUGUUUGGGGAUGCACAUUCAUGUGUGUGUGCAUGUGUGUUUGCGCACUUGUGUGCGUCAAGAAAAACAACAACCACCACCCAAGGCAAAUGCCUUCUUCCUCCACUCGCUGUGUUAUCUCCAUAACAGCAGCUCCUUUUUGACUCAUUUGUAGCUGGUACGUCCCGUCGCCCCAGUGGGCUCGCUGUUGAAAGCAUCAACCCUAAAGAACUGUUGCCAAGGGGGCUGAACUCACGGUGCACACGCUUGGAGGCAUCUGAAUAGCUGUAGAGGAAGGCCACCUUGCUUAUACACACCAGCAGCGUUUCUCCAAGGUUUAAGGGACAUCACAGACAUGGGGAGUGCUUUGGAUAGCCUGAUGAGUUUGGGCACAUUUAAAAUUCUCCUCCUUCUCCAGCUCCUUCCCCACAAAAAGAAAAGGCCUUGCAGCCAGAAUAUCUAGGGGAUUCCAGACAUGCUUGACUGUCGGCACCAACAAGACUGGGCUCCAGGGUUUCUGAAAUCUUCCAUCCACUCCCUGGUUCAGCAGUCCCAACUUCAGAAAUACCAGCUUCUGAGUCUGCCCCCUCAACGCUUCUCUUCCUCGCCAGGUCUCUUCCUGUGACCGGGACUUCUGACUUGCGUAAACCAAUUAAGAACCAGUCUGUCCUUUCUAGUGCCAGUGGAACUAAUUGUUUUGUUUGUUUGGGGUUUUUCUUUUUUUGGUACCUGCUUGUUUCCUAGUCUCUCCUAGUGCCAUGCACCAGCUUUACACAUGAAAACUCUCUCCCCACACUCAAAAGUUCACUCACUUAACAACACACAAACAUUACAGUUCCUAUACGUACACCCUCCGUACUUUCACAAUAGCAACAAAGCAAUUUUAAACUGGUCCCCUCCCUUCUUUUUGUAAAUAAAUGUACAUAUUUGUCAAUUUUUUUGUUUUUUAUUAAAGAAAAAGUAUGCUUGAUGUGCUAGUAUAACUGAACUAGCUUCUUGUGUACCAUAGUACCAGGUGGCUUCAGGUUUUAGUACCUACAGACAGGAGCAGUGUGACAUUUUAUUACACUUUCUACCAAAGGGAGUUAUCAUUGUAGUGCUUUGUGAAAACUUGUUUCUCCUUUUUUGUAAAACAAACAAAAACUAAUAAUAAUAAUAAUAAUACACCUUGGUUCUUAUUAGAGAAAGCUGUGUGCUUGCCCGUUCCCUCACCCUGUUCUGAGAGGUGCAUUGCUACAAAUUGUGGACAAGGGGACAUUGCCUCCAACUGGGCUUCACAAUGGAAGAGAUGAAAGUGUGUGGAAGAGAGUGUGUGAGAAUGAAUGUGUUGUGGUUUAAUCGUUUUUUUAUUUCAAGCAGCCUGUUUAAUAUACAGAUAUGUAUUAUAUAUAGUUUUCUUUCUUUUUUGCUUUUUUUUUUUGGUGGGUAGCUUUUUAUCCACCUAGUCUUCCAGCUCAGAGAAUCUGCACUUUUGGGAAGUGUUGCUGAGCUAUCUGGGAUUACUGUGUUUUUAUGUGUGUUUCUUCUUAGUAUCGAAGAAAAUAUCAUAAAUACCAAACCAGUAUUUGACAGGGCUGCUUUAUUCUGCAUUUGUGUGUCUGACUGUAUGUGUGUGUGUGUGAGUGAGAGAAUGAAAAUGCACCGAUAAAAAGAAGAGCCACAAAAAUAAAGGUGACCUCUUCUGAUUUCUCCAGUGGCAUACAAGCAGGGAUAUAUCUAUAUAUUUUUAGAAAGCUCAUGAUGUCAGACAUGUAAGCAGAAGAUAAUCGGUAUCUCUUUUUAAAAGAAGCAGCUGUGGAUUUUGUUAUGUGGACAUUAAACUUUGUGGCGCAUGCGUCCUUUUCUGAGGAAGCACGGUUCCCUUGCACAGGUUGACAAAACCAGGAGAGCCAUUGAAUAUAUAUAUAUAUAU